GUUUUACCUGGAUUUCGAAAAAGACACCUUUGGCGAAUAUAUAAUUACAAAGAAAUGAGGCCCACAGUAAUGAUAGCUUAUUGUUUAGUCAUAGUUUCGGCUGCAACGAUUGAGUCAUCUCAAGUUGUUCAUGAUAUAACAUAUCCAAAUGCCCGACGUGAUGAGAGUGUGGUCGAUGAUUUCCAUGGAACAAAAGUAGCUGAUCCAUAUCGAUGGCUCGAGGAUCCUCAUUCGGGGGAGACGAAGCAAUUCAUCGAUGCUCAAAACAAAUUAUCGCUAUCGUUCUUAGCGAAAAGCGAUACGUGGAAAAAGAUGAACGAAAAACUGACCAAAAUGUGGAACUACCCAAAAUUCGGCGUACCACAAUGCAAGGGAAAGUACUACUUUUCUUUCAGGAAUAGUGGUCUACAAAAUCAAGAUGUUCUUUACAAACAGAAAUCAUUAACUGAUGAACCAACUGUGUUCUUAGAUCCAAAUGCAUUGUCUGUCGAUGGAACGAUUGCUUUGCAAAGCACAUCUUUUUCAUAUGAUGGAAGCAUUUUAUCAUACACACUCAGCGAAUCUGGUUCAGAUUGGGUGAAAAUCAAAUUUCGUAACGUUGAAUCCGGUAAAGAUUAUCCCGAUCUCUUAAGACAAAUUAAGUUUACAUCGUUAGCAUGGACGUAUGACAACAAAGGAUUGUUUUAUAAUCGCUAUGAUCAGAACGGAGAUGGUACUGAGAUCGAUUUAAAUGUGAAUCAAAAGUUGUACUAUCAUCGCGUUGGUGAACCACAAGAAAAAGACGUUCUUGUUGUUGAAUUCUUGGAAAAUCCAUCGUGGUUGAUAGAAGCAGUCGUAAGCUCGUGUGGAAAAUAUUUGAUUGUAUUAUCCGGACCUACUACGGACAAUGUUUUAUAUUUCGCUGAUUUGAGUAAAAAUGGUCCAAUUAUUGGAAUAAUUCCACUCACACCCAUUGUUACUAAACCCGAGUCUACAUAUAAAUAUGUCACGAAUACUGAAUCAAAUGCAAUGUUUCUCACGACACGAAAUGCACCUAAUUGUCGUCUUGUAGUGAUUGACUUUGAUAAUUAUGCAGAAGAGAAUUGGAGAACGCUUUUCGAGGAAGACCUGAAAGAUGUGCUGCAUUGGGCACAGGUCGUUGAUAACGAUAAAAUUAUUAUUUCUUAUAUACAUGACGUAAAGAGUACAUUGCAAGUUAACUCUCUGAAGAGCGGUGAACUAAUUCGCAGGUUCAUGUUUGAAAAUGGUCAAGUUGUUGCGAUCAUUGGAAGUGAGAAAUCCUCGGAAGUCUUCUUCCAAUUCCAGUCAUAUCUAACACCGGGCAUAAUUUAUCGCUACGACUUCUCAACACCUGAUGUUGAGCCAACUGUGUUGCAUGAAACUAAAUUGAAUUUAGAAGGAUUCAAUAAGAAUGACUUCGUAAUGGAGCAAGUAUUCUACUCAAGCCGGGAUGGAACGAAUAUUCCAAUGUACAUCGUACAGAAAAGGGCUAGUUCCAAGGUGCCACGUCCUUGUUUACUCUACGGUUAUGGUGGGUUCAAUGCACCAUUGCUGCCACAAUUCAGUCUGCCUUUCUUAUUUUUCAUCCACGAAUUUGAUGGCAUUUUGGCAGUUGCGAACAUUAGAGGCGGUGGUGAAUACGGCGAAAAAUGGUACGAUGCAGGCCGAUUACUAAACAAGCAAAAUUCAUUCGAUGAUUUCCAAGCGGCAGCCGAAUAUUUGGUCGAGAAGAAAUACACUGAACACAAGAAGAUUGCAAUCAAAGGUGUAUCCAACGGAGGACUACUGGUUGGAGCUUGUAUCAAUCAACGACCAGACCUCUUCGGUGCUGCUGUUGCCCAAGUCGGAGCGAUGGAUAUGCUUCGAUUUCACAAAUUCACCAUCGGUGAGAGAAUCAUUCCAGAGUAUGGUGACCCACGUGAAAAGAUUCAUUUUGAAAAUCUCUACAAAUAUUCGCCGCUGCAUAAUGUACACGCACCAAACAGCACUCAAAAUCCAUAUCCAUCAACAUUGAUAACAACUGCUGACCAUGAUGACCGUGUCAGUCCAUUGCAUUCAUUGAAAUUAACUGCAACUUUACAAAAUGCUGUUGGAAAUAACCAGUUUCAGAAGAAUCCAAUUUUGUUGAGAGUUUACAGUAAGGCAGGUCAUCAUGACGACAAACCAACCGCGAAAUUGAUUCAAGAGGAAACUGAUAUCAAUACGUUCUUAUUUCAAGCUCUUCAAAUCGAUAUUGACGCUUAAUUUAAGCCAAUUUGUUUCAAACAUUUCUCGUAAAUUGACACAAAAUUAUGAUUUACUUUCGGAUAUUUCGUCAAGAUCCACAUAGCCUAAGCAUAUCGGCCACACGCUUUACACGCUGUCUGACAUGCUUCACUUGUAUACGAUAUUGUGAAGACAGAGCCUACUCCAACCAUUUUACAUUAAAGUAUACGAGCGAAGUAUAUCACACAACGUGUGAAUCGUGUAGCGUAUGUGCCUGGGUGUAACAUUGCUUUAAAAAAAUCUACCUUAAAUGAACCUGAUACAAUAAAGAUGAAGUGCUUCUUUUAAAAACA